AGUUAAGAGUGCAUCAAAAUAUUAAAUGAAAAUAAAGAAUAACAAAUAUAUAACAAAUAAAUAACAAAUAUUUUUGUGGUUUUAAAAUAACAGCAAUGGAUAAACGGUAUUCGUCUUGGUUAUUGGAAAACAUUAUUUUGGGUGAAGUUAUUCGCCUGCACAUAGGAGUAAAUAUGAUUGGAAGAAACAACAGCUCACAUAUUCGUGUUAAUUCAAAUUUUGCAUCCAGGAAUCAUGCCGAAAUUAUAGUUAGCGAGGAUGAAAAAACUAUAAUUAUAAGAGACCUAAACUCUAGUAAUGGUGUCUAUGUAAAUCAUAAUUCAACAACCCGCGCAAUAUUGAAGAAAGGAGAUUUAAUUGGAGUGGGUGUUAGGAUCAACUACAAUAUUGCCACUAUAGAGCACCCUUUAUUUGUGCUUAAGACAGCACCAAUGAAAUGUUACGUAGAAAUGCAAGAAAAUGUUGAACCUAAAAGUAUAUCAUUAGAAAAAGCAAAUAAUUUAGACUCUUCAUCAGUUUCAAAAAGUGAAACUGCUAUCAAUUUUAAUAUAUUAAAUAUUCAACGUAAUAACUCAUCAAAUGUUGUAACACCAAUAACCACUGAUGUUAACAUAAAUGCUACAACGCUUAAUUCCUCAAAUAUUACACCGAAACCUGCUGAUACAAUGAAUUGUAUGGAAAAAUCACCAUCGUCCAAUUUAAAUAUACUGAAUGACGAUCUUAUCCUAAUAAGCGAAGAUGAAGAGCCCAAUAUUGCAGUCGUCAAAAAUGAUAUUGCUUCUCCUAAAACCAAUGGUAAUACAUUGUUAGCAGGACAGUGUAUUGUUUUGCUUACUGAAGAGUCUUCAUCAGAAGAAACAAUGGAUAAAGAAAUUAAAAAUGAAAAACUUGAUGAUAACAAAUUUCAACUAGCGUCAAUUGUCCCACAAAACAAUAUAUCUGAUAAUAAUGAAUGUGGCAAUAAUAAAAUUGCUCAACAAAAUAAUAUGUCCGAUAAUAAUGAAUAUGCUGAAAAAGAAGAAGAAGAGUUCAUUUUAACUCAAAAAGCUAUAGAUGAUAUAAAAGCUGAAUUCCUAACAGACGAUUAUAAUAGUUUUGAAAAUGAUAUAAAUACAAUUCCAGAAACGUUGGAUAAUUCUUUAGGAUAUGAAAAUUUCGAUAGUGUGAUAAUUGAUGACGACUAUGAUGCAGAUCUUGAAGAAAAAGUUGAAAUUUGGUCAAAUAAAUUAUUAUCUCAGAAUGUUAUGGAGCAAAGUCAAAUAUUUGAAGAAGAUAACUGUGAAGAGCCAAUAAGUACUGAAAUAGAAUGUGAAUUUAAAAAUACAACUCACCAAACACUUAUUGAUGAGAUACUGUUUCCAUUAAGGCAAAAGCUUGAGUCGCAUAAAAAGAAAAAAGUUUUAAAAAAAAAAAAAAAAUCGGGAUAUAUAUCCAUUUCUUCUGAUGAUGAAAGUAUAAAAUCAAAAAAAAGAAAACAAUCACUUAGUAAACGUACUAAAAGAAAGCGGGUUGUUGAAGACAAAGGAAAAAUUGCAACUGAAACAAAAGAAGCAACUGAAAAACGUGCUAGACUAAAUAGUACUGACGAAGAUAUUACACAAGUUUCAAAUGAAACAAGAAAAACACAACAAAAUCAUACUACUGAAAAUAAUAUUACGGAUGAUCAAGUAUCUCUUUCAAAUGAUAACGAACAGAUUAAACCUAAUAAAAUAGAAGAAACACCUCAAAAUCACACUAGAAGAAAUACUAUUACUGACGAUAAAAUAUAUAAUAGUUCAAAAGAUAAUAAAUUAGAAGAAAUUGUAAAGAAAGUAGCUAAGAAAAAUAAUUCGUUUCUUGAAGUUAUAAACCCUCCACAUUUACCAAUUCAUAAGGGGAAGCUUAGAGGCAUCUCGGCGGCUACAGCUUCAACAACAGAUUUUGGACAAAUGUUAAAAAGUUGUGAAAUAGAUAAUUUAACAAAAAAGAAUAACGUAGAAAAGCGCAAAGCAAUGCUCAAGGAUAUAGCAGAAAAAUCAAAAGAAAAAAAAGAAAAAUGCGAAUCGGAGGACCAAAAGAAAAAAGAAGUAAUGAAAGUGAAAAAUACAAAAGUGAACCGUGGGGCGUUUCUUACAAAUGAUGUGCCCAAAACAAUUUGUCGUAAAAAAUCAGAUGAUAAUUCAAAACUGGAGACAUCAACGAAUACGGCGUUAGCACAGUUAAAAAGACGGAAUUCAAUAUGCGGAUCAUUAGCAGAAAGAAAAGAGAAGGUAGAAGCACGAGAAAAACGAACAACAAACAAAAUAACAUUUGCUUCAAUGCAAAAGAACAUAGUAGAAUCUUUUGAAAAUCAAAGAAGAUUAGAACAAGUUUCUACUUUGCGUUCAUGCUUGUUUAAAACUGUUCAAAAAACUGUUCGAAGAGUUCGUUUCGCAGAAGAGAGAAAUGAAAUAUAUUAUAUCGAACCUCGCAUUGGAGCUACAAAAAAAGUAGAUAAAAAAGAUGCUGAACUGCAACCCUCAUAUAAUGCCAGGAGAGAUUACAUGCGCCGACAAUUUCCAAAAGUUCAAAAAAUAGAAACUGCAAUUAUCCAUAUAUUAAAUUGGGGCAAUUUAUGGCUGAAAAAUCGUGAUGCCGAUGCUUACGCAGCAUCAGAAACAAUACUUCCAAUGCCAGAUAGUUUCAAAAACUUUGAUCAUUAUAAAAGUAUAAUUCUGCCAUUGAUGAAAAUCGAAUUUAUGAGUGCCAUUGAACGAAGUUAUAAGGACAACAAAUUCAAACCGUUUAGGGUUAAAAAGGAGCGUAUAUCAACACAUUCCAAUCGCAUAAUAAUCAUAACAAAAUAUGAAUUUAAAACCGAAAACGAAUAUAAUAAUUGUAAAUGUGAUUUAGUGCUAUUGAACUUUGGAAGAUCGUUUCCAAUAUCAUUUGCAUAUACUUCUUCCAAUCGAAAAGGAACAGAUUCUUGUAAUUUGAUUUACGAAAUUAUAGGAGAUUUUUACUUGAGAGAUCAAUUAAUAAAUAUAGUUGAUAUUGAAGUAUCUCCACUAUAUGAUAAUGUACGUGUUGAAAUAGGUACAAUAGAUGCAAUUUAUCAAAUAGAGAAUACUCCGUUAUGUAAAAAAAUGUUAAAUCCAUUGGAAUUGAUUGAAAGAAAACAGCAAAGUAUUAAAGCAUUUAAUUAUAAAGGCUGCAAUCAGUUGGAUAAGUAUCAAAAUCAAGCGCUAUUUAAUAUAUAUGCGAAAAUAAUAAAAAAUGAACGAAAUAUUUCACUUAUACAAGGACCACCAGGUACUGGUAAAACACGCAUUAUAACUAAUUUAGCAUUACAGUGCUUGUAUGGAGAAGAAGUGCGUUUGUUAGAUAAAAAAAUAUUGAUUUGCGCUCAGAAUAAUAUUGCAAUAGAUGUGUUGGCAUCAAAAUUGAUUGAAAUUAGAAAUCGUAUGAGAACUCAAUCGGCAUUUAAGUUGAUACGAUAUGGUGUCUUAGAAAGAAUUGAUCCAGGUGUACAAAGCUAUUCUGUUCAAAAAAAGAUUCAAGAAGAAAAAGCGAAAAGAAGACAAUUGCUAUCAGAAAAUAAAUCUCUACAUACAGAUGCGGAUAUACGUUAUGAGAUAUUGAAAUUAGAGAAAGAGAUUGAUCAACUAAGUGCUGAUUAUGAAAAAAGUAUAGUCGAUGAUCACAAAUUAUAUCAAAAACGGAAAAUACUGUCAAUCUUAAAAAAUAGUGAAAUGACACAAGAUGAAGAAUUUAGACUUGCCAAAUCACUUCUCUGGGAUGCCAAUAUUAUUUGUGCGACACUAUCCAGUUGCGUUAAAUUAUCACAGUUAGUCGAUUAUUUUGAUAUUUGUAUCAUUGAUGAGGCUACUCAGUGUGCGGAACCGCUAUCCUUGUUACCAUUUACGUUUGGAAUUAGUAAUUUAGUUUUAGUGGGUGACUCAAAUCAGCUCCCUGCCACCAUACUUUCAAUGAAAGCAAAUAAUCUAGGCUUAGGAACAUCAAUGUUUACUCGUGUGGAAAACUGUAUUGAAUCAUCGAAUGAGAAAGGCGACGUAAUUUAUAUGUUACGCCAACAAUAUCGUAUGCAUCCAGAGAUAUGUUUGUUCCCAAAUCAGUAUUUUUACAAGAAAAAAUUACUUAAUGCUGAUUCUACAAAGAGGCGUUCAACUUUCAUUUCACCAUAUUGUGUGCUAAACUUAGAUUAUCAGCAAAAUAAACAUUGUUCAUAUGGACAAAUAAUAAACGACUCUGAAGCAAAUUUUAUAGCAAAUCUCAUUGCGGCUUUAAACGUAUACUUUCCAUCAGAAAAAUACUCAUAUGGAGUUAUAACGCCAUAUUCGGAACAUCGGAAUGCGUUGAAUUCUGCUAUUAAAAACAAAAAAUUGCAAAAUAUAAUGAUAAACACAAUUGAUUCAUAUCAAGGCCAUGAACGAGAUUUUAUCAUUAUAUCGAAUGCACGUACAGUUGGAAUAGGAUUCCUAUCAAGUUAUCAACGUUUAAACGUAGCUUUGACUCGUGCAAAGCGAUGCCUCUUAUUAUGUGGAAACUUUUCUGAUUUGGAGUCGGUACCAGUAUGGAAAUGUUUAUUGGAUAAUGCACGAGAACGUAAGGUUUAUUUCGAAUUAAACGCAUUUUCUGCGGAAAAUAUUGAAACUAAUGUAAUUGACAAAAUUAGAAUUUCUGAACCAAAAAAAAAAAUGACAAUAUAAAAAAAAAUAGUUAAAAUUAAUUUAUUUUUCAUAAGUAAAUGUUUGUAUUUACAAUAGACAAAAAUUCAGUUUACAUUAUUUACAUCAAUAAUAAGAAAUGGUAUAUCGUUGUUUCUUCAUUCUAUUACAAAGAUACUCUUAAUUCGAACCAUUCAAUGUAUUAAUCUAUUUACAAAACAUUUUUCAUCUUAACAUAUUUUUUUUUAUUAAGUCGUUUUUGUGUGUAUGUAUUAGUAGUGCUAAUUACUACGUAUAAAUUAAAUUUAUAACUUUAUUUCAGUUCUUAUUUAUCCUAAGGUAUAACAAUUUGCAUAUUCUUUAUAUAGCUUUAUUAAUUUA